AUGCGGUCUACUUCCAUCCUGCCCACCGCGACUAAGAAGCAUGACGAACUUCCAGAGCCAAAGCAGUACAGCCUUAGUGAAAUUACCGCAGGCGAAAUCCUGCCUGCUAGUUCAACAGCCCUUCAGCGACAUCUAACAUCCCGCCAAGUCCAGUUUAUUGCCAUUGGCGGCUCAGUUGGAACGGCUCUGUUCGUAAGUAUCGGAUAUGCACUGAUGCAGGGAGCUGGCAGCACGUUGGUAGCCUUUAUCCUCCACUGUUUGAUUAUGGCUCAAGUAAACAAUGCGGCUGCCGAGAUGACUAUUUUCAUGCCAGUCAGUGCUGCCUUUAUCCAGCAUGCGAGCGCCUGGGUAGACCAAGCCUGGGGUUUCAUGGUUGGCUGGAACUUUUGCCUAUAUGAGGGCCUGCUUGUUCCAUUCGAGAUUACAGCUGUGGACAUGGUUCUUACGUUCUGGCGGGAUGACAUUCCUUCCACCGCCGUGAUUUCCGUGGCUAUCUUCUUCUACGCAUUGACCAAUUUGUUGGCCGUCAAAUACUUCGGAGAAGUGGAGUUCUGGCUGGCUGGAGGCAAGCUUAUACUCAUCAUUAUCCUCUUUCUGUUCACUUUCGUCACCAUGGUGGGCGGAAACCCGCAGCGAGAUGCGUACGGAUUUCGGAAUUGGACAGAAACAAGCCCUUUCGUGGAAUAUAUCUCAUCAGGCGAUCUGGGUCGCUUCCAGGGCUUCCUAGCAGCCCUGUGGCAGGCUGCCUUUACAAUCGUAGGCCCGGAGUACAUUGCGUCUGUUGCGGGAGAAACUCAGCGACCACGCAAAACUCUCAAAACGGCCUUCAAGUCAGUGUACUGGCGGUUCGGGCUUUUCUUCAUCGGUGGUGCUCUUUGCGUCGGCAUUGUUCUCCCCGCUAACGACCCAACGUUGAUCCGGGUGCUGCGCUCCGGCGCCACCGGCACGGGCGCGGCCUCCCCAUUCGUUAUUGCCAUGAAUAACAUGCAGAUCGAAGGCCUGCCUCACGUUAUUAACGCGCUCCUGGUGACCAGUAUCUACUCAGCCGGUGACGCACUGGUUUACACCUGCUCUCGUAGCUUGCACGGGCUGGCCCUGAAUGGCCAUGCCCCCAAGAUCUUCCGCAAGUGUACUAAAAAUGGAGUACCAAUAUACUGCCUGCUGGUCGCCUUGGCUUUUGGCUGCCUCUCGUAUCUCAAGCUGGGGAGCGGUUCCGUCCAAGUCCUAACUUGGCUCACAAACCUGAUCACCGGUGGUGGGCUGAUAACUUAUAUCGGCAUCUGUGUUAACUACCUGUUCUUCCACCGAGCCUUGAAGGUCCAGGGCUACGAUCGAAAGAGCCUACCAUACUGCGGUUGGUUCCAACCAUACGGAACUUGGAUAGCUUUGUUUUGGCUCCUGGGCAUUGAACUCUUUUACGGCUAUGAUAUUUUCCUCAGGGGCCGUUGGGACCUCGGAUCCUUCUUCAGCCAUUAUACCAUGGCGCUCCUCGCUGUCUGUACAUUCUUUGGGUGGAAGAUUGGCAGUCGAACUACAGUUGUACUGCCAGAGAAAGUGGACCUGGUAUGGGCCCGCCCAGACGUCGACAGACACGAAGCUGAAAUGGGAGAAGAAAAGACCAUGGGAUUUCACAAACGAUUUUUGGAACUGCUGAUUAAUCCUAAGAGGCUGAAGCGCUCCCAGGUUUAA